AUGGCCCGUUGUAGCCCGUUUUCGAAACUAAGACACGGGGUGAUUGUAGCGUCCCUACAACUGCAUGGGGCACUCGGGGUAGAUGACAGUCCGAAGCCGAGAUCCAUUGAUGACCUCGAUCGGGAUAUCCGCUUAGGUUGUGACCUGCAUCGGGUGAGCGCCAAACACCCGGCAGCCGUGCAUAACAGCGCGGAGUUGAUUCAGGAUGCUGCGCUAGCAUGCCUAGGGAAUGGUGAUACUGCGGUUGACAUCCGAUCGGUAUGGGGGUACGGCACGACGGGGGCACGACAGAGACGAGUCGACCGACUGCCCGGGAAUUGGUUGCUGUGCUGCAGGCGCCGCGAUGGGCUCAUGUCGGAAGUGCAGAACAGGCUAAAAUCAACCCUCGUGCGCCGAACCGAGCAGUGGGGUGCUAUUGUUGGUAUGAGCAAUAUCGACGAAACCCAGAGGUCGGUUGCAGCGUUCUAUGUUGUUCGCCAGGCAGGCAGGCAGCUGAAGCGAGGCCCCCGGGACAGCAACACGAACUGGUUGCGCGUACACAGGGAAGUAGGCGAGGAGGGAUCGGCGAACAGGCGGGACCGCGCACCUGGUUAG